AUGGGCCAAAAGUUGAGCUCGCGACGCUCACCGCGUCAAGCACAAGGUGGUACCGCUACAGUUAAUCCUACAGAAUCUAGCUCACCCAAAUUAAAAAAGGUACAAAAUUAUUUUAAAAUUUUGUUAAAAAUUGAUAAAUUUAAAAUAAAACAAAAUUAGUUCAAAAUUUUUUAAUUUUUGACUUUUAUUUUUGUAAAUUGUAUUUCUAUUUAAAACAGUUUUAUUAAUUGCGAUUAAGUUUAUAUAGAAUACGAAAGUAAGCUAGAAUUAUUUAGCUGGCCUGAUUAUUUUGGUCAAAGUUUACUAUUUUAAAAAUAAACAAAACCUCAACGAUCUUUGCUUUUCAAAAAUAGAUUAAAACGAGUAAACUCAAAAUACUGUGACAUAUACUAUUUAAAAUAACUAUUAUAUGUGUACAUGCUUACGUACACAACAGUAUCUUUAGGUUAACAUAAAGCAAAUUAUUUUUCAAGUUAUUUUAGAAUACUAGGUGAAAAAGUAGAUAGAAAAUGAAAAAUUUUUAAUUUUAAGCGUAGGAGCACAAUCAGAAGUUUUUUUUACUCAAGUAGAGCAUAAAAAUAUAGUAUUACGUAGAAAAAAGAAAGGUGAAUGUAAAGUAAAACUUAAAAUUAUCGUAUAUGACAGCUCAAAAAUAGAGUAAAACAGCAUAAAAAAUUAAAUUAAAUUCAAAGUUUUAAAAAUUAGAUUUUGAAAGUUUUCUGAAGGCGUUGAGUAGUCAUCAAAAGGCUUCUGAAGGCUCUACAGAAUCGGCUUUUGAAAGGUCUAAAUACGUUGAAAAAAACUUGUUUUAGAUGUCAAAAAUCCUAUUUUUAGCGGUAAAAUUAUAUUUCAGUAAAAAAACAUGUCAGAAAUUACAUUUUGGAUGUCAAAAAUAGCCUUCAGAAGUCAAAACGUAUCUAAGAACGUCAAAAAACUAUCUAACCACAUCAAAACGUAUCCCGAAGAUGUCAAAAAUCAUUAUGCAAAUUAAGUUUGUGUUAUUUCAGGAAGUUCAGGACGCGCAAGCUGAAGAGGAUGACACCUUGGACGAGCCUCCGCGCAUCCCUACCCGCGGCCAACGCCGACUGGGCGUGUCCGCCGAGGUGCCGGACGAGAACGAAGCCGCCAACUACGUGAAAGUUGUCAUUCCAAAAGACGCCGAAACCCAGAACUCGCUGAAGAAGGCCAUGUGCAAGAACGUGCUGUUCGCUCACUUGGACAAGGACGAGGAGAAGGCCAUCUUCGACGCCAUGUUCCCGGUGGAGAAGAAGGAGGGCGAGACCAUCAUUCAACAGGUAGGAAUUUGGAUUUAAAGUUUAUUUUUUUUAAAGUUUAGGUAACAAGAGAGGGUUUUAAGAGUGAUAUGGCUCCCAGGCUUUAUUCUUUGCUUCAAAAUUCGACUAUAAAACGAAAAGCCACAAAAUUAUCGGUUUUGUAAACGAAAUGUCAAAGAAAUUAUUGGAUAGAAAAAUGUUUUUCUAUUUUCUCUGAAAUUUCAUUCUCUUACCUUUAUUAUCUAUUUUUUCAAUAUUAUAACGAUUUUCAACGCUAAUCCUUCAAUCUCCAGGGCGAAGAAGGAGACAACUUCUACGUGAUCGACUCAGGAAAGGUUGAUGUCUUCGUCAACAACCAAUACUGCCUCACCAUCAACGAGGGCGGCUCGUUCGGUGAGCUGGCGUUGAUCUACGGCACUCCGCGUGCCGCCACCAUCAAGGCCAAGACCGACGUCAAGUUGUGGGCGAUUGAUCGAUUGACCUAUCGUGCUAUUCUCAUGGGAUCCACAAUGAGAAAGAGAAAAAUGUACGAUGAAUUCUUGUCCCGAGUGCAGAUCUUGUGUAAGUGAUUUUUGGUUGUUCUUGUGGGUAAGGGGGUGGGAGGGAUAUUUUUUGGUGGAAAAUUAAGAUUUUACGGCUUUUAAAGUAAAAUACGAAGAUAUACAGAGUUUUAACUUCUCUGUGUAUUGAUAGCUAAGGUUUUGAAAAUGUUCGUUAUACGAAAUUCUCGUUAUAACAAAGUUCGUCGUUCAAGAGUUUCAUCGUAUAUAUGAUUUCAGCUGACCUGGACAAAUGGGAACGUGCCAAUCUUGCUGACGCUUUGGAACGAUGCGACUUUGAGCCUGGAACUCACGUUGUUGAACAAGGUCAACCAGGCGACGAGUUCUUCAUCAUUCUGGACGGACAAGCUCAGGUGCUUCAGAAGCGAAGCGACGAUGCUCCAUUUGAGAAAGUCGGAAACUUGGGAUCUUCGGAUUACUUUGGUAAGUGUUUUACUGUAAAGAAAGUUUUUUCGUUUUUAGGUAUUUAAAGGAAAGUUUUGACUUUUUGGCAUGAAAUAAAGAAAGUUUUAGCAAUUUUUUGUUUUGUAAAGAAAGUUUUUGCAAUUUUUUGUUUUGUAAAGAAAGUAUUUACCAUUUUUUGUUUUGUAAAGAAAUUUUCUGUCACUUUUUGUUUUGUAAACAAAAUUUUUACUAUUUUUUGUUUUGUAAAGACAGUUUUUGCUAUUUUUUCUUUUGUAUAGAAAGUUUUUGCCCUUUUUUUGUUUUGUUAAGAAAGUCUUUGCCAACCUGCCAUUUCAAAAUCGACUUUCAGGUGAAAUCGCCUUGUUGUUAGACCGACCUCGUGCCGCCACCGUAGUAGCCGAAACUCCGUUGAAAUGCGUGAAGCUGGACCGAAACCGCUUCGAACGUGUGAUGGGCCCAGUGCGUGAGAUUCUGAAACGCGACGUCUCCAACUACAACUCAUACGUGAAGCUGAUGACCUAA